AUGGAAGCUCCCCCUGCUGGUAACUCAGAAUGGCCCUCUACAGUAUACUUGAAGGUUGCUAGUGGCAGGAUCCCAGAGCUAAUUGUCUUCCCCCAAGAUGGCCAGUUGAAAACCUACCAACAAACCGCAUUUGGUUUCAUUAGCAAGGAUCAUGCAUCACUAUCAUUUAUUCUGAUGAGAUCCUCCCCGGAUAACCAAGCCAAGGACUCGUACAUGAUGGAUGUUGGGGUAGACAAAGGACUUCUGCGUUGGUUAUCGCGCUUGGACGAGGCGGAUAUAGUAAAGCCCCAGGAAGAAGGUCGUUCCUAUAUGGACUACACUUUUGAAGGAGUCCCGGUUCAAGGGCAAAAUAUACCCACAAACAACGUUUCAUCCGAUUUACCAUCGUUACAACAUACAAAGUGCCGGCAUUACCCUUCUUUAGAAAGGCAGAGUCCAGUGCAUCCCCAUCAAUUCGAACUAUAUAAGAGAGGUGGGAAACACUCCAGGUCUACAAGAAAUUUGGAGAAUGGAUACGAACGGAUCCCGCGAUCAAAGCCUAGGGAAAAUCGUUACGAAUACAAAGGCAAGAUCCGGCAAGCGAACGAGAAAGACAUUGAGAGGGUACAUAAAAAGAGGUCGACGAAACAGAAAAGGAAACAAACUAUUAACGAGGACUUCCACGCAUCGAAUGUGCCACGAAGUAGAUUGACGCUUCUCUCCUCCAGGAAUAUGGGGGUCUUCAGUAGAGGCAAAACAUCACCACCUGUCAAUCCACAUGGAUGGCCCAAAGACAGUUUUUCAGAGAGAGCAUUUUUGAAGGGACAACCACAUAGCAUGGGAAAGGACCAGCCUAUGCAACAUGAGGAAGAUAUCUCUGUGCGCUGCCACUCGAGUGAUGACUAUGCUCAACCGGCUCGAGCUUAUUCCUCUAAUGCGUGCUUCAACAGCCCCAUUCAGCGUGGCGAAUCCGAGGAACACGGGAGGAGCUUUAUGUUCUCUUCCAAUUUGGGACAAAACGAACUCAACCCCAGCUCCGAAUGCGCACUUCAGAUGUAUACCAUGCAGCUUCUUAACUUCGACCUGAGUGCGCCAUACGAUGACAAUAUAGUAGACCCAUCUAAGAAAUACUGGACACUCACAGAGCUUAAAUACCUUCUAGAACAGAGAAUUCCAUCGUGGAAUUUUCGAGGAAACACAAGUCUCAUACCAGCAUCAUCAUCUUCAAAGCACACCCCACGAAAACGUAAGCGUGAUGCGUCUGAAGAUGAAACAGCUAUCGGAGAGUCACCGAGGAAGGCCCGGAAACUUGACACGAGUCAGAAAUCAGAAAGCAGCUUGAUAAACAACACUACAAUUCUCGAUCCUCAAUCCAUAUCCGCUUUUCCUUCCUCGUUACGUCAGGAAGCCGUUGGCAUCGUACAAGAUGGGCGGAUCUCUCUGCAAGGGCAGAUUAAUCACGCCAUGGAGUGCGGCUCUGUGCACUGUCAGCGACAAUACAAGGGGGAAAAUACGAGUUUCAUAUGCAACAAGGAGGUAUCCUUGAUGUCCCAGGCAUUUGAUGCAGCAUACGAGGCAAUUAUGCAGUCGAAGUGGGAUGCAUCGUAUGACUUUCUGGAUUCUGUACCUGCGGAAACCGAGAGCAUAUGUAGCAGUGAGGGUUAUGCCACCUCAGUCCUGCAGAACUCCUGUGAUUGGGUCUGGGAGAAGCAAAGGCCCUUAAACUCCUCCCGUAUCAGGCAGGAGAUUCAUCUCUCACACAAUGAGGGGCAGGAUGAGCAUUUAAAUCCCACAGGACCCGGCCGUUUAGGCUUCCAGCCGCUAUAUUCUCGGACAUUAUAUACGGACCGAGAGCUUCCUUUCUCUACUAGCCAAGAUCGUGUUUUGGGAUUGAGAGAAUCUUGUGGGAUAGACGACCUUACAGAAAACGCGUUGGCCGUGAAUAUUGACUCGAUGAAAGACUUUUGGCGACAGAACCGAUUAUACUAAUCCCUAACUAGUUCUUGUCGCAUCAUUUGCUUACAGAUUUUGUUCUUUCUGGCAAUUUUAAGUGGCCUGUAUAGGUAAAUGGCACUAUUUCUUAUACAAGUUACCUAUGAAGGGAGAAGAUAGAGUUCAGAAAUUAGGAUCGAUCUCUACAAAUGGUACAGGAUUCAU